AUGCACGCCCACGGCGUCAACCUGCGCUGCCUAGGGCGGGUGGCGAAGGAGGUGGCUGACGUGGAGCAGGUGUAUCGGCUGUGCGUAGCUGAAAUGGUGGUGAGGGCCACCAAGCACGUUCUUAAAGCUGUUCUCCGCGAGACGCUCGAGCAGGACGUGGCCGGCGCCAUCGCCCACUUCCUCAACUGCUCCCUCCCUUGCUGUCUCCCGACUCCCUCAGUGGCAAAAGAAGUGGCUGACGUGGAGCAGGUGUACUGGCUGUGCGUGGCGGAGAUGGUGGUGAGGGCCACCAAGCACGUGCUUAAAGCUGUUCUCCGCGAGACGCUCGAGCAGGACGUGGCCGGCGCCAUCGCCCACUUCCUCAACUGCUUCCUCGGCACCUCCACCACCACGCCGCCGCCCACGCUCCCCGGCGUCGGGGAUACGGACAAAACGGAGGGCGGCGUGGGCGGCGGCGGGGGGAAGAAGAAGAAGAAGGGGAAGGGGGGAGAGAGGAAGGAUGGGGAGGAGAGGAAGGAGGAGGGGGAGGAGAAGAAGGAGGCGUUUCUGUUUGUGGUGGAUGUGCCGGGGUAUACUCGUAUCACGGCGGAUAUGGCGCAAGACAAUGCCGCACUCGCUUUCCCGCCCGUCACACUCGCUUCCCCACCCGUCGCCUUCACUUCCCCUCCCAUUGCCUUUCACUCUCUGCUGCUCACUCUCUUUCCCCCUGCUCACUCUCUUUUUCACUGCUCACUCUCUUCCCCCCUGCCCACUCUUUUCCCCACCCUUCACUCUCUCCUCUCAUGUUCACCCCCUGUUCUCACCCCUCUUCCCCCCUUCACUCAACCGUUCCCCCCUGCUCAACCUCUUUCCCUCUCCUCACUCUCUUCCCCCCUCCUCACUCUCUUCCCCCCCCACCUCACUCUCUUUCCCCCUGCUCACUCGCUUCCCCCCUCCUCAAUCUCUUUCCCAUGCUCAUUCUCUUUCCAUCUGCUCACUCCCCUUGUUCUCACCCCACUUUCCCCAAUUCUCACCCAUUUUCCCCCUUCACGCUCUCUUACCCCCUCUGCUCGCCCCUGUUUUCCCGGCUCACUCCUAUACUCACUCUCUCCCUCCCUGUUCACUCUCUUCCCCCCUGCUCACUCUCUUUCCCCCCUGCUCACUCUCUUUCCCCCCUGCUCACUUUCUUUCCCCCUGUUCUCAUCCCUCUUUCCCCCUUUCUCACCCAUUUCCCCCCUGCUCGGUCUAUUUCCCCCUGUGCUCGCCCCUAAAAUCCCCUGCUCACUCCCUUACCCCUUGUUCACUCUCUCCCCCUCUGGUCACUCUCUUUCCCCCUGUACUCACCCAUCUUUCCACCCUGUUUACUCUCUAUUCCCCUUCGUUCAACCCUUCCCCCCCCCCAAGUCCUCUCAUUUCCCCUCCUUAACCCCAUGCUUACUGGCUAUCCCCUUUGCUCACCGCCUUCUCCACCCUGCUCACUCUCUUCCCCGCUUCGCUCACUCCUCUGCCUAA